CGCACACUCAGCAUGGUAAUUUUUUUCCUUUUCCCGCCAUCUCCCCUUCCCCGUUCCAGCCCCGAAACGCUCGUCUACAUCCUUACCCCCUCGCUCGGUUCUGCACAAAACCAUCGCCUUCGUGACCGAACCAUCACGAUACAGUCGCAAUUAGAGCUAGCUGGGAAGGCAACUGCGGGAUCGCGGCGUACUGAGGCCCUAAACUCCAUCUUUCUUCUCCUUCCGCACUGCUCCAACCCGAAACCAUGGAGGCUGAUGGAGGAAGGAUUUAGGUCAAAUCCAGGUUAAGUCCAGCUCUAAAUCCGUCACCAGACAGCCCCGAGAAAGUGAGAGAGAUCCGGAACGAGGGAAGGAGUGAGCCGAAGAGAAUGGGAGCGGGGGAGAUCCGAAGGAGAGUCCAGAAGAAAUUUAAACUCAGAGGAUUCACCCUAAAGGUGGAUGCUUUGGAAGAAGCUCUGUCCUUCUUGUCUCACUUCCAGGACGCAGAAGACGAAGCCCUGGACCUUCUUCUUGACGAGAUCGACAAGGAAUCUCUUAAAUCGUCAAUCCUCGACGGGGAGGCAAUCCGGCGUGUGGUGAACCUUCUUUUAGAGGCGGAGACCGCCGUCGAUCCGAGCUCGUCGGCGGUCAGCAGCCGAUCGGCUCUUCGCGUUGUAGAUGCAUUCGUGAUCCCGAGGUUUUGUUAUGAUCCCAUUAAGAAGGUGUUCUACGAGUACAUUGGUAAAUUAUCAAUUCAUGGGGAAGCUAGGGACAAAGCUGCCCUUUACAGAGACAGGUACCAACUACUGCUUCAGAGGCUCACCCGAGACAAGUACUUCUCAAAGCCUGUAUUUGACGCUGAAAUGGCUGAAUCGGAGAGCUGUGAGAUAACUUCCAUCCAUUCUUUGAUUGGGUGCACCGGUAGGAGAUGGCUAAUUGGGGUCAUAUCUCAACUUGAGGAAGGCCACUUCUAUUUGGAAGAUCUUACAGCAGCAAUACCAAUUGACUUGGCAAAUGCAAAAAUCACUUCAGGAUUUUUUGUAGAGAACACUGUGAUUGUAGCUGAAGGAGAGCUUCUUUCAAAUGGCAUUUUCAAGGUCAAUACAUGUGGAUUUCCACCUUUGGAGGAUAGAGAUGAAUCCUUAUCUUUGCUCAUGGGUCUUGACUUCUUUGGUGGUGGUGUUAUCUCAACCGAAGAAACUCUCAGAUUGUCAGUAAUGGAAAAGAAGGCAGUGAAUGACAUGUUUGUCAUACUUUCAGAUGUAUGGCUGGACAAUGAAGAGACCAUGCAAAAGCUUUCUGUGGUUUUGGAUGGUUAUGAAAGUGUGGAGGUGGUUCCUUCUUUAUUUGUUUUAAUGGGAAAUUUCUGUUCUCAUCCAUGCAAUCUUUCUUUCCACUCGUACUCUAAUCUCAGAAUGCAGUUUGCAAAGCUGGGAGAAAUGAUUACAGCUCAUCCAAGGAUAAAUGAGCAAAGUCGUUUUUUAUUUAUCCCAGGUCCUGAUGAUGCAGGUCCAGCAAAAGUUCUUCCAAGGUGUGCAUUACCAAACUACUUAACUGAAGAACUCCAGAAGCUCAUUCCAACUGCUAUCUUCUCAAGCAACCCUUGCAGAGUAAAAUUCUACACUCAAGAAAUUGUGUUCUUCCGGCAAGAUCUCCUAUAUAGGAUGCGCCGUUCAUCUUUGAUUCCACCUUCGUCAGAGGAAACCACCGAUCCAUUCGAACAUCUUGUCGCGACCAUCACUCAUCAAAGUCACCUCUGCCCCCUGCCGCUCACGGUGCAGCCAAUCAUAUGGAACUAUGACCAUUGCCUUCAGCUCUAUCCUACCCCACACACUAUUGUUUUGGGUGAUAGGAGUGAGCAGAAGGCUUUCAAAUACACAGGAAUAACAUGUUUCAACCCGGGAUCCUUCUCCAGUGACAGCACUUUUGCCGCAUAUCGGCCCUGCACACAAGAAGUUGAGCUUUCGGCUAUUGAAUGCUAGGAUUUUGUGAAGCUCCUGAGCAUCAUAACUGAGCUCUUCAGUCGAGUGUUAGCGACUAAGUGGAUGUAUGGGAUGCAGACAGCUUGGAUUGUGUCGGCGCGGCGAAGCGCGGACACUACCAGCAUUGUUGAGGGAAAGAUUAGUCUGCUAAAAGCUGGAAAAGUACUCAAGAAGGUGGGAUAUUAAGUUAUUUUGAUUAUCCAAACAUUUUUGGCUUUUAUCGAACUUUAUUUGGAGGAUAACAAGAUUGAGAGAAAAUAUUCUUUCAAAAUCGAAACAUUUGUGUUAAUCUUUGCUACCUUUUAUUUGGAAGCUUAUUUAUUAUCUUA